GGGAAAAUGCCACCACUCCUACUCCUGCUGACCUUUCUUCUGCCCCCUGAGGCUGGGACAGGAGAUCAUCUGGGGGGUCACGAGGCCAAGCCCCACUCCCGCCCUUACAUGGCAUUUGUCAGCUUUCUGGUUGGCAAGAAGAGAAAGAGAUGUGAUGGUGUCCUGGUGCAAGAGGAGUUUGUGCUGACAGCUGCUCACUGCAAGGGAAGCUCAGUGAAAGUCACCCUGGGGGCCCACAACAUCAAGAAACCAGAGAAGACCCAGCAGGUCACCUUUGUGACAAAAGCCAUCGCACACCCAGACUAUGACUGUAACACCUUAUUCAACGACAUCAUGCUGCUGCAGCUGAAGAGAGAGGCCAAGCUGACUAAAGCUGUGCAGCCCCUCAGACUGCAUGAGAACAUGGCCCAGGUGAACCCAGGUGACAAAUGCCUUGUGGCAGGCUGGGGGAAGAUGUCCCCAUUGGGCACUUUAGCAAGUAAACUGCAGGAGGUAGAGUUGACAGUGCAGGAUGAACUGAAAUGCAAAUCAGUCUUCCGUGCUUUUUCCUAUAUCACUGAGAUUUGUAUGGGUGACCCAAGGAAAACAAAAUGCAGUUUCAAGGGGGACUCUGGGGCUCCCCUCGUGUGUAACAACAUGGUGCAAGGCAUUUUCUCUGGUGGAAAGGAACAUGGAAGACCCCCAGGAGUCUUCACAAAAGUCUCCCACUUCCUGCCCUGGGUAAAGAGUACCACGAAGCACUUCUAAUAGCAGCCAGAAGAUUGGCCUCCUCUGGGCUGACCAUCUUUUCUGAGGCAGAAGAAGGAA